ACCACAUUUACACUGCGUAAAUAGAAUCGUUAUUGUAAUACGUAAAGAAUAUGGAAGAACUUCAUGUCUUUGGUUAUGGUUCUCUAAUAUGGAAACCUGAUUUUAAAUAUUCUACAAAGGAACAUGGAUAUAUUCGUGGAUAUCAAAGAAGAUUUUGGCAAAAUAACACCGAGCAGAGAGGCACGAAAGAGAAGCCAGGAAGAGUCGCUACUUUGAUUAAAGCAGGAAAUCAGAAAUGCCUCUGGGGAGUGAAGUAUACAGUGAAGGGGGCUAAAAAAGUGACAGAAGUCCUAGAAAAAUUAAGUGUAAGGGAAAAAAUACUUGGUAGUUAUGUGACAGUUACUACGAAAUUCUACAACAAAAAUUCCACCAAUCCUUGUGACGUUUUAUUGUAUCAAGCAACAGAAAAGAAUCCACUAUACGUGGGCCCCUCCUCUGGAGAUGAGGAAAAGGACUUGCAAUAUAUCGCUGACACGGUAGUGCACGCACAUGGAAGCGCCGGACCUAACUCCGAAUACAUUACCAAGUUAGCAGAUUAUAUUCGGAAACAUAUACCAGAAGAAACGGACGAACAUCUGUUUAUUCUUGAUAAAAUGAUAAGAAAUAAGAUUAUUCACUUCCAUGAGUAUAGACAUCAGGGUUAAUCAAUAAAUCGUUUGUAUAUAUAU